AUUUCCUAAAAUUAUUCUUUGAUGUAUAUUAAAGCCAAUUAUCUGUCCUUGCUUUGCCUGGUGCUCAGUGAUCUUCUACCAGUGGCAUGGACCCGUUCGUUGACUGUCUCGCUGAACAUGUCGAUGACCCGAACCCUGGUCCCAGAUCCACCGAAUGGAACAGAGACAAAGCUUAGCCAGGAUAUGUUAAGGUCCUGUAUGCGGAAGACCGAGAUAUCGAUGUCACAGCUGAAGCUCUUUCACAUGAGCCUGCUGAACAGUGACUACAACAACGAGAACGAAGUGCUUCCGGUGCCAGUUCAGUCCAUGGGUGAUGUCAACAACCUGGGCGAUCUGGACUUCAAUGGCAACUCACAGUUGCCCUUCCUCAAUCUGAAACACAAUGAGCCGCUGCAGUGCUUUGUGAGCUGCCUGUACGAGACCCUGGAUCUGGACAAAUACAAUGUCCUGCUGGAGGAGGCGUUCAAGUCCCAGGUGCAGUCGAUCAUCCAGCACGAGAAGGCGGAGAUCAAGGAGUGCAGUGACCUGCAGGGCAAGUCUCGGUGCGAGGCGGCCUACAAGUUGCACCUGUGCUACAACCACUUGAAGACCCUGGAUGCGGAGCAGCGCAUCCGGGAGAUCCUCGAGCGGACGGAGGCGGAGAGCGAGGGACUUGGUCCGGAUGGAGCCGACUUCAUCGACGGCAUCCAGCACUCAGGCGAAAAAGAAACCACACCCAAGUCGGAGUAA